UAAAAGAUGGCGAAAGCUUGCCAGUCAUCAACAACUUUGGCAUCGAAUAUGGCCGGCAAUAAGAUUUCUUGUCGCAAUAGAGGACAGAGUCCUAUUCACGUUUUCAUAAAGUUUUGCAGGUGUCAUUGGACGUAUUGAUACAAAGACAUUGUCAAUGUUAACAUCUCCUUCACUAUUACAAUAAAGUUUUGCAGGUGUCAUUGGAUGUAGUGAUAUAACGACAUUGUAAAUGUUAACUUCUCCUUCACUAUUACUAUUUUCUGAGGCUGAAAAGAUCUUGCUGUUUUGCACUGCUAUUAAGGUUUGUAUGUUUAUAAAUCGAACUUUACUGAUUCUGGACAAACUAUUAGCGCCACAGAGACGUACUCGUAUUUGAGGUUUAAAGGUUAUAUUGCUGCUAGUGCCAUAAAUCAGUCAACUAGAAUGCCAAUUAGAUUAGAAAGAAAUAUAUUUAGAAUUUCUUACUAAAAUACCUUAAUUUUACCUGUCACAGUAAAUUCCAAUUUAUUUUUAUAUACCACCAGCAGGACCAUACAACUGUACACUAAUAAGGCGUUUGUUUAACUGUACUACCUAAAUGAUGAUAUCAAUACAAAAUAUCCUAAUGAGAACUUCAUAAGAAUUGAUGAACAAUUAAUUUAUGCUAAAAGUUUUAAUGGUGGAAAAUUAAGUAUAGACAUUUAACUAUUAGUGUUGUUAUAGUUUACAUUACAUUCCCCUGAUCCAUUUAGACAACCUCAAAACUACUCUCUUGAUUUGUUAAAUGUAGCAUGUUUUUUUUUUUAAUUUCGAUUAGUUUUGGUCCUAGGUCUUUGAGGAGUACUCUUAACACAGUUGCCUCAAUUUUUGUAGAGUUCUUGAGUUGAUGUCUGCUAAUGCCGAUGUUCUUUAGUGAAUUUGUUGAAUUUGACAUAGUAUUUAUAUCAGUCAAUUGAAAGCAUAUUAGGCCCUAAAAGGAGAGCUAGGAUAUUGACAUUUUCCAUAAAUAUGUCUGUAGAUUAAUCGAGUCUUCAAAACCGAACACCAAUACUGACACUAUUGAUGGAUAUAUACAAUAGUUAUAUACAUACAACGACAAAGAAAGUCCAUAAUGUCCACCCCACUUCUUAUACAUUCGUUUGAAUUCAUACGUCCAAUUUUGCAUAGUUGUGCAUUUGUGUGUCCAGUUAGAAUAUGUACAAUUAUACUAUCUUCGAAUUUGCUCGUUCUGAGGACGAGAAACCUUUUCUCGUUAGUGUAACCGCAUAGGAUCUCUGUGGUUCUAAUCACCGUUUCAUUAGUUCACUUACAGAAUUUCCCGCCCAUAUUUUCAACUCAUUCCAGGUUGCAUUCUUUGGGUUCAUUUUCCUUUAAAGCAAAUACAUCGUACUUUCGUUGCCGAUUAAUCCAGAAAGUCCUGGUACACCUUUGAUGCCCAAAGUAUAUAUAUUACAGUCCAAUACGGCCUUAGAUUAAUAUGGUUUCUUGUAAGAUAACUGUGGACAUUUUGAGGUCACAGAUUUAUGUCAGGAGUUAUUUUUUCCGUAGUUCUUAUGAAAUUCUCACUAAUAUUAUUGCUUAAAUAGGAUUAGUAAAUUAUUUGAUGCACCAGCUGUUGGAUUGUAAAAACAAUUGGAAUUUACAAAUUUAGGUAGUUUAGUAAGAAUUUCAAAUGAUCUUUCCUACUAUCCUUGAUCUAAUUGGUAAAAAGACACCCAGAGUCGAUAUUAGCCAACUAUUUAAAGGAGUACGGAGUAAGAAUUUCCAAACAGAACUUAUUUGAACGUCAAAGUAUAAAGUGAUAUUAAAAAAUUAAUCAUCUUUAUAAAAGUUUUACCGAUUUAUAUCCAAAACCAACUAAGAACAAUAUUUAAAAUGGAAGCAAAAAUGGUACAACUACAACCCAUGACAGUAAUGGUUGGAUCUGCCAAUAAAUUCAAAGGCAUUUUGGAAACUGAAGAUCGCCCCCUAAUGGUUAAUGCCUGGUCACAAACUACAAGCGACGAUUUUUCAUAUUUAUAUGAAAUUGAAAAUUUGGAGAAACAAUCUCAAAGAGAAAAGGAACUAGAGGAGAAAAUCAAAAUACUAGAAGAAAAUCUCAAGGCUCACAGCGAAUUGUUAUCACAAAUACAUGCCACCUCCGCUAGGACAUCAGCAUUAUUAUCGCAACAGCAGCAAACAUCAGCUCCAGAACCUAUCAGUAAUGUUAACUGCAAUAGUAACACUAAUAGCAAUAUUAUAAAUGGUAUAGCACAAUCAAGUCCAAAAAUUGUCAACACCGUAAACUCCAUUUCCCAAGUGAAUUGUUCUCCUAGUGAAAGUGUUAAAUACACCAUUAUUGCUGAAGGUAUAGCAAAUCAUAGUGGUGAACCGAUUGAAAUUGAGCUGGCAGAAGAUGAUGGAGCAUUAAAUUUAAAUAGUUCAGCUGAUUCCGAGCGCUUGGAAAUUUGUCUGGAGCCCGAAGAAAAUAUAGAGGUUAAAACUGAAUACAAUAUUGAGAAUAAUCGAGUUGUUGAAACAUUAUCAGAUACUACACCCAAUGAGCAGCAUUUUAUAAAGAAGCGGAAGCUGACCUCAGAGCAGCUAGAUGUUUCCUAUAAACCUCCUGUACAAAAACGUUUCAGUAAUGGUAAUAGUUUGCCCAAGACCGGUAAAGUUCAAAUUAAAAACAUCCAAACCUUAACACCAGUGCAAAUCAAUAAGACCUCUAUAGCCUCAGAAAAUAGUAAUUCACCAUCGUUUAAUAGUGAAGGUGGCGUCAAUAUUGACAACGUCAUGGUGUCCAUAGGACCCAAUAAUACCCGCAUACCAGCGAAACUUUAUGAAAAUAUGAAUUGGACUUCCGCCUCGAUUGCGACAAGAAAACUUCUUAUGGCCAUAUUCGAUCGCAAAGUCUUGGCCACACAUUCGAUGACCGGUAGACCUUCGCCAGCUUUUAAGGAUCAAGGCAAACCCCUUAAGCAAAUGUUGGAUCCAUUAAUCAUAGCCGAUAUUAUAUUCGCCGUUACACGCAAGUGCAAUGUUUCCGAUAAGGAAGUGCGCAAUGCCAUCACUACCAAAUGUGCCGACGAAAAUAAAAUGAUGAAAUUACAAAUUAACAAACGCACGCCUAUGAGAGGAAUGAAUAAAGAAAAUAUGAAUUAUUAAUAAAAUUUAUUUUUUUUUUGUUAUAUUAUUAAUUAUUAAGAUUUAUUUAGAAUUAAGUAUAAUAUAAGCUCUCUUUACAAAUCAAGUUUUGUAAAUAAAAAAGUUU